GUCUCACAUUUGUCAUUAAUAAUUACCGCCCCUUUACCAAUCAAAUCCUCCCUCCAGCCUUCCCUUCAGUCUUGCACAGGUGUACCGGCUCCUCCCCUUCAGUCUUGUACAGGCGUAUCGGCUCCUCCCCUUCAGUCUUGCACAGGUGUAUCGGCUCCUCCCCUUCAGUCUUGCACAGGUGUACAGGCUCCUCCCCUUAAGUCUUGCACAGGUGUACCUGCUCCUCCCCUUCAGUCUUGCACAGGUGUACCGGCUCCUCCCCUUCAGUCUUGCACAGGUGUACCAGCUCCUCCCCUUCAGUCUUGCACAGGUGUACCGGCUCCUCCCCUUCAGUCUUGCACAGGUGUACCAGCUCCUCCCCUUCAGUCUUGCACAGGUGUACCGGCUCCUCCCCUUCAGUCUUGCACAGGUGUACCAGCUCCUCCCCUUCAGUCUUGCACAGGUGUACCAGUCUCCUCCCAUUCAGUCUUGCACAGGUGUACCGUCUCCUCCCCUUCAGUCUUGCACAGGUGUACCGGCUCCUCCCCUUCAGUCUUGUACAGGUGUACCAGCUCCUCCCCUUCAGUCUUGCACAGGUGUACCAGCUCCUCCCCUUCAGUCUUGCACAGGUGUACAGGCUCCUUC